ACGACAGCCAAUGGGGUGAGGCGGGAGGCGGGACCGUGCGGGGUCUCAGCCAAUGAGCGGCGGGGGCGGGGCGCAGAGCUCGCGGCCUGGCACGGGCGGCGGACGCAGCUUGCAGCCCUGUGGAGCGGCCGUGGGCCCAUCCCAGCCUGGCACCAUGAACGUCUUCGACCGCAGCAUCAACUUUGAUGCCCUCUUCAAGUUCUCCCACAUCUCAGCCUCCACCCAGGAGCACCUGAAGAGGGUCUAUGGCAGCUUUGCCAUCUGUAUGUUCGUGGCAGCUGCGGGCGCCUACAUCAAUGCAGUGACCCACCUCUUCCAGUUUGGGCUCCUGACUGGCCUGGGCGCACUGGGGCUGAUGGUUUGGCUCACGGCCACCCCUCACAGCCGUGAGACUGAGCAGAAGAGGCUGGGGAUGCUGGCUGGCUUCGCCUUCCUCACAGGCAUCAAUCUGGGACCCCUCCUGCAAAUGUGCAUCUCCAUCAACCCCAGCAUCAUCCCCACUGCCUUCCUGGGCACUGCCACCAUCUUCGCCUGCUUCUCGCUGAGCGCCCUGUAUGCCCGGCGCCGCAGCUACCUCUACCUAGGAGGUUUCCUGCUCUCCGGCCUCACCCUGAUGCUUCUCUCCUCUCUGAUUAACGCCUUCGUGAGAUCCACCUGGCUCUUCACGGCCAACCUGUACGUGGCUCUGAUGAUCAUGUGCGGCUUCGUGCUCUUCGACACGCAGCUCAUCAUUGAGAAGGCGGAGAGCGGGGACAAGGAUUACAUCUGGCACUGUGUUGAUCUCUUCCUCGACUUCAUCAACAUCUUCCGGGAGCUCCUGAUGAUCCUGGGCAUGGCCGAGGUGGGUGAGGGGCCGUGGGCAGGGCAGGGGGACAGAGGGACAGAGCCCAUGGUGACCGUGGCCACUCUCCUCUUGCAGAACAAGAAGAAGGAGAAGAAGUGAAGCAGCUCUGGGCCGAGGCGGAGCCACCCCUGUGUCCCCAUGUCCCCUCCUGUCCCUCUCUGUCAUUAAAGGGGCUGCGCUUUGCUGCCGAGGAAGCAGCCAGAAGCUUUCGCACCUCGUGGGUUUUUCUCUCGUUCAGCUUUUUUUUUUUUUUUUUUUUCGAAUUAAAAACCAGCCAAUUUGUGGAUCCUGAUGGAGUUUGGCUCCCCUGGUUUCACCCCCAGCCUGUGGCCCUCGGAGUGGUCACCCAUAUGUGUCCUCUUUCCUCAGAGGUUUGUCCAGCCCCACCUGGGGUGUUACCCUUCCCCGGGAGGCCCCAGAAUCAGCCCCUGGGGGGUUGUUGGUGGGACCCCCCCUCAGCCAAACUCAUUGGUGGAGCCUCCCCUUGAGCACCAGUGCCAAGAAAUGAACGUGUGCUGGGAGGGGCCGUGGGGACAUGGCAUUCCCAGCGCUCCCAGUCCCGCCAGCUCCGCUCUUUGUACACCGGGAUGAUUCAAUAAAUCGCUCAGACUCCAAA